UUCACAAAUUGGUACCAACAAGGGUAAAAAAUGCUGAAUACCGCUGAUGCUACAGUCUUCCCUUCACUUGAAGGAACAGAUCCUUCAUUUGAUGAUGGCGCUAAAUGGCCCCAUUCGGCUUCACAUCUUGUUCAUGUCUGAUAGUAUAUAUGCAUGUUUCUGUCUGCAAUGAUAUCUGAGAAGAAACAACGCUGAAACUAACUGGUGCUUUGUAGCGUUAAACACUCCAUUUUCAUCUGCAACUCAGCACAUCACCAAAAUAGUACUCCCUCCAUCCCAUAAUAUAAGACAUUAUUACCUCAUUUGAUUUUCUCUGCUGCCAUCACCUAGCAAACUUUUAGGUGACAAUAUAUAGACAUUACAUCGACUCGGAAGGAUCAGAAAUAUGAUUCUCCCAAGCCAUAGAAGAAUAGAACAGAAUGCUGGCGACAGUCACAUGAAGUAGUUGCCUCUGCUUGUCAAUUUCAAUUUCAAAUUUGGGGUCUUUGUUUGGUCACAAGAUCCAUAUGUCAUAUUAGUAUGUACAAUCUCAUGUUGCUAACUGACUACUUCAUGUGCAUUCUGUGACCCGUUCGUACUAUAGUUCUAUAUGUUGCUCAUGCUUUAGGUGUUCAUCAAACUUGGAGUUAGAACAUCAGCUUAAUUGAACACAUUGAUAUGAAUUUAUUUUCUGCCUACACAAAAACAGACAAGUGUAAUUCAUAAUUCACAUUACAUUUCGGUUCAUCAAAUUGAAAACUACACACACUCAUUUUUAUCCUGCAUGGUUAAUUUGCUAAGAAAAUCCACCCGUACGUUGUGAAAGGUUGUAAAUUCGUUGGUUCUGACACAUGUGCAAAGGUCAUGUUCAUUUUGUGUUGCUAGUGAAAUAUUUAUUUCGUUUUCUUACCAGGAGUGUUAUGUGAGAGAACUCCCUAUUACAGCCUUCUCAAAAAUGUGCUUCCUUAUUUGGCCAAAAUAUGAUUUUUUUUUCCCAUUGUGACACUCCUCCAAAACUGAUGCCCAAUUUGGCAUCUCCGGCCAGUCCGUUGUCAUGCUCUGUCGAAAGCCUGUAAGUUUUUUGUUGCUUGGACAAAACUAUCCAUAGUUACUAUACGGGGCAUCCAGUCCGUCAGUUUUUUUGCACUACCGUCCAGUUCAAUUUGGCACUUUUGUCCAGCCCGUCAGUUUUUUUGGACAAAACUAUCCAUAGUUACAUGCGUCCAUCAUUUAUGGAUCGACCGCCUAGUAGGCGCCUCGAGAGUUACCUGACGGUGUCCAUGAAGUACCGGUUCUCCGGCGACAGAGCGCGUGCACCUUGCUGGGGCUGCUAGGGCCAGGUCUUCAUGGACAGCGUCUCAUUGGACGCCUGACAUGCGCCUCUUCACUUUGGCAUCCACAACAGCUUUGUGUUGCUGGUCUGCGAGCAACGCAACGAGGCAUGCCUCGACGUCGUCAAGCUCAUCAUGUCCAAAGAGUGAGGGAAGUUCUAAGAGAGAUAAGAGACAGUGUCCCGGCUAAGGGGCCACUUACCACGUCAACUCCUGGUGAUGGGUCCGGUUGAGGACUCCUUGUCAGUUCCGUCCUGGCCGCAUCGGGCAGCCCAUGGCGUAUACAAGGAAGAUUCAGAAGACAUGCGUACAUGAUAAGACACUGGAUUCAUGGAGGGAUCUACCUCCUCAUGUGUAGCCAACUAGGAUCUUGUACCCUAGAACCCUUAGUAUCCUAUAUUAAUCGAGGGGCCAUGCUCGUAGACACAAGUUAUGAUAUCUUGGUAGUUUACCUGUACUCUGUCCAUAGUCCAACAGGAAUAAACACAUGUAGGACUUAGGGUAUUAUCCCUUCAGAAAGCUUGAACUUGGGUAAACCAUGUCUUUGUUACCGUCAUUCCUAGACGCCUAGUUUAGGAUCCCCUACCAGGAGGUCUGCCAGAUCUAGCUCCGUCAAUAAGUGUUUCCUUUUAGGGAUAAUUGUAUAUUUUCAAGUAGCACUCAACAACGAAAUGGAUGGAAACGUCAAAUAGGGCAUAAAAUUUUGAGAUUGUCUUGAAUAGCAAAGAAAAUUUUGUUUAGGGGCCAAUAAGGAAAUAUAUUUUUCAGAAGGGCGAAAUAAGGAAUUCUCUCAUCUCCUGCAGAGUUAGACCUUGCAAAAGAACCAUCUUAGUCAAUUUCUCCCCUUUCUAUCGUCUCCUCCGCUCCCCUUCGCCGCCGCCGCCAACACAAAUCUACAAUUUUAUCUUGUUCCUGGAAGGGAGCAACAACCAAGAUGCCGACGACCAUGGCCAAGGCCGCAAGGGCAGGAGCGGCGCCUCUUCGCCACGACGGCAGCCUUCCGGAGGAGAUCGUCGUCUGGGAGAUCCUAGUUCGCCUCGACCCCAAAUCCCUCCUCCGUUGCCGCGUCGUCCGUCUGCGCCAUGCCACCUCCACCCGUGCCUUCCUGCUUGCCCACCAUGCCCACCAGCCAGCCCUCCCCAUUGCGUUAGACGAAGAAUACAUCCUCACCGCCGACCGCCUUGCCGCUGCCAAGCUCCACACUGUCGCCCAUCUUGACAAGGCCUUCAAUCCAGAGGCUUCCUGCGAUGGCCUUCUCGUCCUCUCCAGGUACAACAACAUGACUGACACCAUUGAUUUCUCAGUUUGUAACCUGGCCACUCGUCAAUUUGCUCCCCUUCAACAACUACAUGAACUGGGCUUGCGGUUAUUGGGGAUGUACUCGCAUCAACCUACUGGCGAGUAUCGAUUGUUACUUGAACGCGAUAGCUACAAUGAAACGCCUGAAGACCAACUUGGCUACUAUGUCUUUGCAUUGGGCUCUCACCAGUCGCCAAGGUACAUCGGGUGGCAGGAGUCAACAUCACAAUGCUUCAGUUUACCUGUCUUGGUAUGCGAUAGCCUGCAUUGGUACCCAGUCUAUUAUGUGAGUGAAAGCAGCUACGUACGGCUUCAGAGUGAAAGCAAAGCGAUAAUAGUAUUCGACACCAUAGCUGAGUCGUUCCGGCCAAUGCAUGCUCCAAUUGUUUCCAGCAACUCAUAUGCCUUUGAGAUGGAUGGUACACUCGGCAUAUAUAGCCGUAACUAUGCCAAAACAACUAUUGAUAUAUGGGUAUUGCAAAACUACGAAAGCGAGGUUUGGGACUUCAAGUAUCGAAUCAAAUUGCCAGUUGCAGAAAUACGGGGGAAGUUUGAGGCCUUUGAUGACCAUUGGAAUGUGGAGGUUGUUUCAGCGGACGGUGAUGUGCUCUUGCUAGUCAGUUCUGGUCGGUGUCUGUCUUACGUUGACAAUGAUGGUAAGCUGAUUGACAGUUUUGAUCAUGGUCGCAAAUACUUCUUUUUGUCUAAAUAUCGGCUCAAGCAAAGUCUUGUCCAGCAUACCUUCUUUCAAGCUUUAGAAAGUUCUGCUGUGAACACUUCACCAUUCAUCUGAUGUCUAUUGAGUGAGGUGGUGCUUCUUAGCAGCUUUAUGAGCUGCAACAUCUAUGAAUUGGAUCAAGUAUGA